AUGAUUCCUGGGUUUGGCCAUGUCGCAACCCCGCAGCGGCGGUCGCUGGGUGAUGCGGAGCAGUCGGCGGGCUCUCGUUCAAGAUGGGCGGCUGCGCCACAGCCUGGCAAAGCAGCUCAGCGGCUGACUCCUGUGACCCGUGAGGCCAAUUUCUGUCAUGCGAAGAGCUGCCCAGAUCCAGCAUCUUGUUGGCGCUGCUUGUUCCUUCGGAAUCAAGAGGAGUGGGAGGCUUCUUCUCCGAUCCAAGCAGAUGGCAUAACGAUCGGCACCUGGCUGGUGCUCGCUGGCGAUGCCGCUGAUGCAGGGCUUGGGUGCGUCGUGCGCAACAAGGCGGCCAUGGACAAUGCUUUUGCACGGGGCACGGUUGCAACGCCUUUCCUGAGCAACAUCAAAAGGCACCACGCGUCUUUGCAGCAUCAGCGCGCUUUGAAGGUCAUUGGCUUCACCAACUCUCAGCAGGCAGACAAGGAUUGCCCUGGGCUGGAUGUGUUCAAACAGGCGCUGGACCACAGGCUGAACAAAUGCUCGCUGAGGCAAGGGAUUGGCGGCGAGAACCCCUGUGGACGAGAGAAGUUGUCUCGCUUGCAGUGGUGCUUGGCUGAGUCCGACCGGGAGAUUACCCGCGACUUCAUCCGGCGUGCCUCCGCCAUAGCAAUAGCACAGGAUGGUCGCCAGAACCGGUUGCUGAUGCGUUUCUCCGCCUGCACCCCAAACCUGGAGAUCAAGAAGGGCAUCCUGGGCGCCCAAGAAGUUAUCGGCGAGACCAUCUCCAACGUGGUUGUGGCAAUGGAACGUGUCAUUGAACGCUUUGCCACGCCCGGAUGGGGCGGCCCAUGCGCUCAAGAGAUGGACUCUUCCCUGCGCGAACACCUCCGGAACUCGGUGACGAUCUUUGUGGCGGAUGCUGCCAGCAAUGAGCAGGGCGCAGGGCGUACCAGGGUGCUGAAAAGGCCAUGGGACGCCGUGGCCGAAAUCAAAGACACCAUGAACAGGUACAUCAUGGGUUCGAACUCAAUCUGCCAGAAGAUCCACUUCUCGCAGACGCUGCAGGGCGUAUUCAGCCGGUUUGCUGUGGCAUGCGAAAAGAACGGCGGCAAUGGCAGGCGUAUUAAGCAUCUCCAAGCUGCAAAGCACCGGUUUGCAUCAUGCUCGCUGCCAUUACAAAGAACAGUGAUCUACAUCGAUGCUCUGAUCUCGACUCUGGUCUGGGUUGCGACCCAGCGCGACGGCGACGAUGCCAAAGCUGCGUUUGAGUACCUGGACGCCAUGAGCGAGCGGCACCUCAUCCUGAUCAGCAUGCUCGCUGACAUUAGCGACGAAUGCAGCGGCUUGCUCAGGCUAGUGGACACUGAGAGCUAUGACCUGUCAGAGUUCCCCAUCGAGGUGGAAUCCUUGCUGGCACGCCUGCACCGCUUGAUCAACCAGGGCGCAAUUUUCACUCAAGGGUUCACGGCUUACAUGCUGGAGCUGCUUGAGGAACCAAGGGGUUUUAUGGCAGUGUUUGUGCAGCAAGCCUAUGAAGCUGCAAUGCAGACUGCCGGCCAGUACGACAGCGCGUGCAACCUCUUUUGGCUGAACUUGCGGUGGACUUGCGCCCCUCGAGUGCCGAUUUCCCGCCAAGCUGUGACCAACUUGCAGCACAGCAUGUUCUGCAAAGGGCCCAAGAGGCAGAGGUUCGACAAGCCGAUCAUUGUUGCGGUGGGCGCGAACUUGGAGCUCAGCCGUGGGAACUUGCGCCGCGUGAGCCCGGAAGAGGUGGAGCACGCCUACCUGUUUGCGCUGGCAGCCGCCAUUGAGCGCGAAGAACCUGUCAACCUCCGCAACAAGAUCAUCGAUGACUAUGAUGCUCUUGUCCGAACAGCAAGCCAAAGAACUUACGAGCUCAUGACCUACAAGGCCGCCCAGGAGUCAGCGGCGAAGAAGAUGACAGCAGAGGAGCUGUACGAAGCAUGGUCGCAGCAGGUGUCGGAGUCCAAGUCGGCCCUUGCGGAGAACGUCACUUUGAACUUCGUUCAAACGGCGAUCCGGGUGUAUGACAGGGUCCUCUCGGUGCCGAAUUUGCGGGACAUGGUGUUCGUGAUGGACAACAGGCUCGGCAAGGCGUCGCCCACUUCGCAAAUGUGGACCCUUGCCAAGAUCCUUGAGAAGACCAAGAACCCGGACCAGAUCGCUUGGGCUCUGGCGACGAUGGAUGACCUCAUGAUUUACCUCGGUGGAGCACCUCGGCAGAAGGGGCUGGUGGACUUGUGGGUCCUGAAGAUGGAUCUGAAGGACUACUUCCUGGGCCCCUUCCUCGGCAAGUUGCAGCUGCCAGAGGCUGACACUGCCAUGAUGGCCAGGCGGAAUGAAAAGUCCAUCCUGGGCACGGUGCGCGAGAGCACGCGAAAGAUGGUGAGCAUCCUGGAGAACUUUGUGUUUGGCGUGACGAACGAUGGCGCGUUGAAGACGGCGCUGAAGGGUAGCUGCGAGGUCGCAGAGGUGAUCAGCCAGGUGAAGUUCCUGUCGGAAGCGAUCGAGGAAGUCAGCAUCACGAACAAGGAGGAGUCCACUGGCCAUCCCAUGGCCACAUCUUCCAAAGAGCCGGGAAGCGCCCAUGAGGACGUCAAUCAGGGCAAAUCCUUGACGUUGAAGGACUUGUGCACGGCGCAGCAGCUGGAGACUGUCGAUGACGAAGGCAAGCUGGACGACUGGCUGACCUUUCUGCUCAACAAGUUUGAGUCAUUCUGCACUUUGGUGGUGGAUCAUGACAGCAAAGAUGACUUGAUCAAGGUCCUGGAGCCCACUGUGCUGAAAAAGGUGAGCGGGCCAUGCAUGCUGCUCUACGACUCGAAGGUUGCUGGAGAGGCGUCAUCGAAUCCGAACAUUCGUUUGCCACCCUUCCAGCAGAGGCAUUUCCGCCGCAUGCUGCAAGCAUUCACGGCAGUGCGGGGACCUGGCGACCAGGAGAAUGCCCAGGAGGGGGAUUUGAAGAAGACGGACCUCGUCAUCUACAUGGAUGGAGGGCGGAGUGGCAACGACACGUCGGUGUCACAAGCCUUUGUUGACUCGACGGGCCGCUCGAUGAACAAAUGCAGACAGUGCUUCACAAUCUGCUACGACGAAGAAAGCCUCGUCGACAGGCGCGAAAAAGUUCGCGGGUUCGUGAACCAAACCGAGUCCAUGAUGUGCUACACCCUUGAGGGGUUAGAGAUUGAGAAGGUUGCGCGGAAGCACUACAGCGGGACGAAUCACGGCACCCACAUCGGUCCAGUUCGCGCGCUGCCUUACACCGACAAAGCUUGUUGGCGAAUGAGCCCUGCCGACAAGAAAGGCUUGUAUGGGGACAAGGGUAGGGUGCUCACCGGUGGCCCCUGCCCGGUCAACGAGCCAAAGCCCGCACUUCCUGAGGGGCUUGAACCGGCCACCUGGCACUUCAGCAACCCAGUCUUCCUGGCUGAGGUGCUGCACAGCUUCAAGCCCGCAUGCGUCUUCCGAGCUCCUGAUGUUGACCACUUGCUCAUCAUGGAGUGCAUCAAGCGCAAGGUUCCUAUCAUCAGCGUGUGCUUUACCUCGCAGCACGCAGACCUGCUGAAGGCGAAGGUGCUGAAAAGCUUGUGGGACGCCUUCCAGAAUGACGAUAUCCCAGAGCUGUAUGAGGUGGGGCUGCCCCCUGGCAACAAACUUGGCGCACAAGUGUGUUUACUGUUUGUUGCAACUACGCACGUCACGUGGAAACUACUAAGGACAUCUUUGCUGAACGCAGAGAAGAUCAAGGAGGUUAAGAAGGCCCCACGAGCCAAGCGCAAGGCGACGGUUGCGGUCGAUGAUGCAGAGACUGAGAAAGAGAAAGCGGGCGGUGAUGGCGGCGAUGACGACACCAAGCAGAAGGCUCCAGCCAAGAAGCAGAACACUGGUAACAGUAGCACUGCUGAGGCGGCACGGGCUGCGCUUCUUGCAAAGUUGCAAGGAUGA